GGCGCGGGUUAUUACCUAGUUUACAGUAAAACCCUAAUCGUCUCGAUCGCAACCUGAGAGUGAGAGUUCUCUCUACUCGCUUCUCUCGCAAUGGCGGAUUCUCCCAACGAAGAAAGGGACUCACGAUCUCCUCCUCCACCCCGAAAAGAACAACCAAGAUCUAGGUCUAGGUCCAGGUCCAGGUCCAGGUCCAUGCCGAGAGAUAGGUCUAGGUCAAGAUCUUUACCAAGGCAUGUAUCUCCAUCAAGAACCCGUGGAAGGUCGAGGUCAAGAAGCCGUGGAAGGUCUGAAAUUGAAAACCCUGGUACCACUCUCUAUGUGACCGGCUUAUCCACAAGAGUCACAGAAAAGGAUCUUGAAGCUUAUUUCUCCAAGGAAGGAAAGGUUGCGUCCUGCGUUCUAGUGCUGGAGCCGCGCACCCGCGAGUCUCGUGGUUUUGCCUUUGUCACGAUGGAUAGUGUUAAGGACGCUGAGCGGUGCAUUAAGUAUCUCAACCAUUCUGUACUAGAAGGCCGAUACAUAACUGUCGAAAGGUCCCGAAGAAAGCGCCCGAGAACUCCCACCCCAGGCCACUAUCUUGGCUUAAAAAGCUCCAGAGACAAUGACCGAGAUAGCCGUAGCAGUCGAGGGAGGCACUACGAUCGUGAUGAUUCUGGACACCGUAGGUCACCACCAAGACGCGACUUAUCACCUCGUGAUCAUGGAAGGAGGUCACCUCGUGAUCAUGGAAGAAACUCUAGAAGAGAUCGGUCUUACUCUCCUCGUGGAAGAAGCCCAGAGAGAAGGUCCGAGAGAAGGUAUCAACCUCGUGGCUCGAGAUGACCUGUUUAAGUCUCUUGACGAAGGCAUUUAAGAACUUCUGUGUUGAUUUAGAUUGUAUGAUUGAUCAUUAUUAUAUUUAAAUAGUACAGAGAUUCUGUUUGGGGACAGUAAUGGCUUUGUGUCUUUUUUCUCUUAUGUAUGCUGCAGAACACAGUGAAUGUGAAACUUACAAUGUAAUAGCUUCUCUAUGCUACUUUGUUUUUUUAUGAGUGAAUUAUAAUUUCUAUUUGAUUAU